AUGCGGAACCUAGAUCCUCGCUUUUCGAAAGUCGUAACAGACCGAAGAUUUCGAAGGAUAAAACAUACGGACUAUGGAACGGUUCCGGACGCGGAUCCGCGCUUUCGAGUACCCUUGGAGGUUGAGCCAGCGGGGCCAGUUCGUGCACCGGCGGCGGCGCCACGGCACCCUUCACAACGUCCUGGCGACGAGGACGCUGAGCGGGUGCUUUACACUGAAGUCGACAUUUGGGACUCCACAGGUAGUGAGGAAGUGUCCUUUGAGCGAGCAGACGCACGUGUUGACGCCUUCGCCGUGUCGGCGUCGGCGUCGGACGACUCGGGGGAAGCCGUUCCGCGGGGCGAACCAACAAGGAGGCUCGCUCUAGUGAACAUGGACUGGAACCAUAUCAGUGCUGUGGAUAUACUGGCAGUCAUGCGCUCCCUGGCGCCAGCUGGUGGUAAGGUGCUCCGCGUCAGCGUGUAUCCGACGGCUUUGUAUUUGAGCAGGGCCGAGAAGGAAGCCAAGUAUGGACCACAGUUUGACUACGACGCUGAGAAUCUCUCUUCUGACGACGAUCUUAUGCCUAAAACUACUCACGAGCUGGAAGAAAAGCAGAAGCGAGAGAUUGAGCUCAUUCGACGAUAUGAAAAGCUGCGCAUGCGGUACUUUUUCGCUGUGAUUGAAUGCGAUUCGGUGGUGACGGCCAGCGCGCUCUAUGACGCAGCUGACGGCAUCGAAUUCGAAAGAAGUUCUAACUUCAUAGAUUUGCGAUUCAUUCCAGACCUGUCGCAUGAGUUUGAAAGCAGAUCACCGCGCGAUACGGCGGAUACAGUACCUUUCGACUACGCGCCGCAGCCCUUCGCCACUCGCGCACUCCAACAUUCUAACGUACAACUCACGUGGGAUGCAGAUGAUCAGCGGCGAUUGAAGAAACUGCAGAAAAGGCGAUUCACCGAGGACGAACUAAAAGAUGAAGACUUCAAAGCAUACUUGGCGAGCUCGACAGAUUCCGAAGGCGAUCAUGACCGCGACGCAGCGUGGAUUGAUGCCUAUCGAAAACGUUUGCUAGGCAGCGACGAGCUGGGGGAAUCUGCCGGCUCGGUGGCGGAAUUCGAAAGCUCGAAACCGGACAGGGACGUAUCCGAUGGAAACUCGGACGUGGAUAUGGAGGUGACCUAUAUCCCGUCAUUGGAGAGGCUUGGCCAGCGAAUCAUUACUGAAAGGGAGAAGCGAGAAUUGCAGCAUGAAGAAACACGAUUGCUAGCGCGCGAGAACAAGCGGUCGCGGCGAGCCUGGCGGAGAGCAGUACCAGGUACAACAACUGAAGUAUCCGAGCAGAACGAGCGCAACUCGAACGAAGGUGCGUCUGGAACGGAAAGCAACGAGCACCUUAUGAAUCGUAACGUUAGCCGAGAUCCACUGCUCGUAGCGUAUUCCUCCCGUGAGGACGCGGCUUCUGAUACAGAAACGCAACCAGCAACGAGGAGCGACCUGCUUUCUAGCGCAGCUUCCGGUCUCUCGUCUCAGCAUCCGGGACGAUCAAAGCAACGAGACGCUUCUACGGAACCGCCGAAAGCAGCGCUUUCCAUGGAGUACGAUUCCGCACAUGCUAAUGCGGGGCAGCGCAGACGUCGCCGGAAAGAGAAGCGCUCAAAGGCAUCGACUGAUGUUGCCACGAACUUGGAAAUGCUUCCCUUCAACCCUGAUGAUGAGCGCUUUCGGGCAAUCUACGAGGAUCACGAGUUCGCUAUUGAUCCCACAAAUCCGCGCUUCUCCAGAUCCAAAGAGGCCAAUGUGCUGCUGUUACGAAAACGUCUCGAAAAGAGACGAAGCCGCUCGGAAACAUGA